AUGUGGAGAAUCUUUAGAGGAAUGAUGUAUGCGUUCGCCUUUGUUUUAUUCCAUAUUGAAGAUAAUUGCCGACCCGACCCUCAACGUCACCAAGUUCGUCAUGCUCCUGAGUUGAUCACCCAAGUGGAUGUGAACGCCGUGAUGAUAACGAGCCGGAGCAUUUUUACGGGCCGGUUCUUAACGAUGCACAAGAGGCGUAAAAAGCGCCUCCUCACCAGGUCCCUGAGCAAAGAAACCGCUCUACUCGACGACCUGCAACUUGGACAAGUGCAGUGCAUCCUCGACCAAUCGAUGACGUGGAAGUUCAAUGCGUUCGCAUUAGAGAACGUAUCUGGAGUAUUGUUUAGUCGUUGUAGAUGGUAUUUGCAGCUAGUGUUUGACGCAGGUCGAUGCCUGCCUGUUCUCUGCGUUCACCUGUUCCACGUGUACGGGCUCAUCUCGCACUACCAACUGGACGCGGCCUGCGCUUGGAAGCUGUUCUCCCUGAUCGAGGAGGGAUAUCACAGCACCAACCCAUAUCACAACUCGAUUCACGCUGCCGACGUCACUCAGGCGAUGCAUUGCUUCCUUCAACAAAAUCAGAUCCUUGAUUACUUGGAGCCGAUCGAGAUAAUGGCGUCCUUGCUAGCCGCAAUCGCACACGACAUGGACCAUCCUGGGGUCAAUCAGCCCUUCCUGAUAGCGACCUCCAACCAUCUCGCCACUCUCUACAACAACACAUCGGUGCUGGAAAACCAUCACUGGCGCUCGGCGAUGAGCUGCAUCAUUGAAAGCGGACUCUUCAGCGAUCAAAACAUCCGCAUGGAACUUGAGAGGCAGAUCAGUUCACUCAUCCUGGCUACUGACAUCACUCGCCAACAAGAGUACCUGAGCCAGUUCAAGACAUACUUGGACACAAAUACGCUUGACAUGACCAACAAGGACCACCGUCACUUGGUCCUGCAGAUUGCUCUGAAGUGCGCCGAUAUAUCGAACCCAUGCCGGCCGUGGGAGAUCAGCAGGAAGUGGUCGCUGAAAGUGUGCGAGGAAUUCUUCCGCCAAGGAGAUUAUGAGAGAAAACUCAAUCUACCCGUAACAGCGCUAUGCGACAGACAUACAACUUCUAUACCCAAAAUACAAGCAGGGUUCUUCAAGUAUGUUGUAACGCCUUUGAUCACCGAAUGGCAUCGCUUCCUCCAGAACGAUUUGUCAGCUCAGAUGCUAGAAAACCUGGCGUAUAAUCAAGAGAAGUGGGAAACUCUGCUUAACCAAGAGAUAGCUGAAGAAACUAAGACAGAAAUAUCGGAUGCUGAUAUGGUAGAUGAUGAUCUGGAGACAUGCUCCAAUACGAACAUUUCAGACAGUUCUGAAUUACUCUUGCCUUUGCGUAGGAGCUCAUUGAACCCUACUAGACCCACUGGCUUUAGGGCACAGCUACGUCGUUUUUCAGUGCCGCUCAAUAUAUUUCAAGAUUCACGAUUCAAGAACAAAGAGAAGACCCGUGAAAGUUGCGAAGCUGAAUUACGUAAAGAUAUUGCAAGCCUCAUGGGCAGCGAGCACUCCAUACAUUCUCAGCUCAGCGUAGGUCACUGCGACCACAGCGACAAAGUGGAGAAAGUGCUCAGUACAGAGAAGCUGCUGCCAGAUUCUUCGAUUGCUUCUAUCACCACUCCGGUGCAGGCGACUCGCCUUAACACUGUCAUCAAAGGAGGCUCGACUUGGAAACUAGUGCGCCAACAGACUUUCCCACCGCUUCACUCACACGCCAAACGCCAGGCUCUGCUUUGCCGUCCUCUCUACACCAGCAACGAGGACACCAUCUAUCCAGCACGCGAACGAGCUGAACUCGAAGUAUCAGCUAAAAAAACCAAAACACUCUCAAAGAAAGAUGAAGCCGACAAGGCUUAUAAAGAUGACGCUUCUGAUACUGCUAAGUCAAAUGAAACUAUAAAAGGGCAAGAUGUCUCGGAACUAAAACCGCCAAAGCCAUCCGACGGUCGCAGAGACUCGGGCACCCAACUGCGAGAAAACCUGACGUCCGUGAAACUCGGACCGAGCGACCAACUGCUGUGUCGCAGGAAAUCGAUGCCGACCGACACCGAGGGAUGCACACCGAAGGAGAAGAAAGUACGAGAAAUGACAGCAGCUAUCCCUCAGCUGCUUAAGCGCACUCUGUCUGGUAAGGAGGGUUGGUCUCGUCGUAGGGGCUCCGCUCCCGCCCCGAUAGCCGCAGAGCCUAGGGUUGCCUCUCUCGGGACUCUAAGGAACAGCUUGAAUGGGGGCCGCAGGAAGCAAAGCCCUAUCGUAACUUGCCAACAAUGGCUCGCCAAAGCCACGUACAAUGUCCAAGAACGCUCGCAACUCCCUCGCCGCAGUUCUCUGCCCGUUGAGGUGAUUACAGGUGCUAUUUGA